GAACGACUUCCUUUUUCUUAAACAUUUCACCAGAGAGAAGGGCUUUUCUCCAUAUGGAGAAGCUAAUUUUUUCUCCUUUUUUUCAGCUUCAAGUGCUUUUGGAUGAUAAUUGACCAAAUUAUCCUGUCUUCUCCCCAAACGUUCUUUCCCCUCUACUGGUUCCCAAAAUGUUCUUAAAAUGAGAACACCAGCGACAGCUGAUCGACGAAGAAGACCAAACUCAGAUUCAGACCAAAACCCAAUAUUACAUUCUUGAUUUGCUCUUUCUCUAUUUGUUAAAACAGUUGAUAGAGAAAAGCUAGAAAAAAUUCUUCUUCUUUUGGACAUGAAUGGACUCUGGGGAUUCGAGCUGUUGAAGCUCAAGAUGAUGGUGGUCAUGCUGUUAAUGCUGGUUUUAUCAUUGUUUGAGCAGAAUAUGAGCUUCUCCUCGCCGUUGAACAGUGAAGGUUUGGCUUUGUUGAGGUUCAAACAGAGAGUGGUAAGUGACCCCUUUGGUGCUUUAUCGAACUGGAAGGAAAUUGAUGGAGAGAUUGAUCCGUGUUCUUGGUUCGGGGUCGAAUGCUCUGAUGAAAAAGUUGUAAUUUUAAAUUUGAAAGAUCUUUGCCUUGUUGGGAACCUGGGACCUGAAUUUGGGAAGCUGGAGAAUUUAAAAUCUAUUAUAUUGCGCAACAACUCUUUCUCUAGAAGCAUUCCUUAAGAAAUUGGGGAAUUGAAGGAGCUGGAGUUGUUGGAAUUAGGAUUCAAUAACUUUAGUGGACCAUUUCCAUCUGAUUUUGGCAGCAAUCUCUCCUUGACAACACUUUUACUUGACAACAAUGAGUUUCUUGGAAAUCUAGCACCUGAAAUAUACAAGGUUAAGAUGCUUUCUGAAUUUCAAGUAGAUGAGAAUCGGCUAACUGAUGCUGCUACUAUACCAUCUUGUAAAAGUAGUGGUUUCCCCUGAUAAGCAAUUAAAGUUGAUGCAAUAUAUCAACUUCCUUUGAUACUUUUCUGACAAUGCAUCCAUCUUAAGAAGAAAAAGUAGUUCUACAUCUGCAUUAUUGAACAAAAUCGAUACUUCUACAUUUUGAUGUUCUUUCAAUUUUAAAACUAUAUGAGCAAAAUGAAAUGGACUAGGAUACUGCAAAGGAGUAAUCACUUUGAUAAUAAGUAUUAUUUAAUGAAAUCUUCUACAUAUUCCUUAAUGUUUUUGUCAUUGAGUUUAAGUUGGAUUAUAGAUUCAAUUGUAUUUAUUGUUCCUUGACUGUGUUGUGUUGCAUGUAUGUACUAAAAUUCCCUAGCAUUGCAUCAAUAUCAUAUUGUUAUUCAUGUCACAUGAUGAAUGAGCAGUUUUCAAGUUUCUUAAUGAAGUCAAUCAAAGUGGAGAGCAGCAGUGUUCCUAUGAGUUGUAUUUCAUGGUUCACCUUGCCACAAUACCAGUCACUGGGACUGGUAUCAACCCUGCUAGGAGCUUUGGAGCUCCUGUGAUAUACAACAAAGUGGAGGUUGAUCAAAACACUCAUCAUGCAAAGCUAGUAAAUAUCCCAGGAAGCUACACAAAGCCUGUCGAGUAAAAUUUUUUUGGCUAUUUUGGUAUAGUGUUUUUUUUAUACAUAUAUGUAAUGCUAUUUUAGUAUAGUUGACUCGUAGGUGUCAUUCUUUGAAGAAUUUUUUCCGAUUUGUACACUUCUUUUAGGAACUGAUCUAGAAAACAAGAAGCUUGACCUUGAAAUCCGAUUUUAUAGUGGUACAAUUUGUAGAUGAAGAUAUAGAAAAUUGUCUUUCCCCUCUGUCUUGAUGAUUCAGUUUUUGCUGACAUCUGGGAAUGAAUUUGCUUUUAUAUGUGUAUUGUUCAUCAUGUUCCAGAACACUUGAUAUUUCUUGGUACAGAUUAUGCAUUGACCUUUUGAUUGUUCUUGCAA